AUGCCUCCAACUGACCGAAAUUGCAAUGUGUGUGGGAAGAUUGGUCACUGGGCUAAAGAGUGUCCUUAUAACAAGUCUAGACGUAAGAAAGGGGAGCAGAAUAAAGCUGAAAAAGGCCAGCAGAAUAACGCUGAAAAAGACCAGCAAAGCAAAACUGACAAAGGUCGGCAAAGUAAAGAUGAGAAAAUCCCGCCUGAUAAAAUCCCACCUGAGAAAAUCCCGCCUGAGAAAAUCCCGCAAAAUAUCGGCGAACAAGGCAAACAAAACAGCGUUGAGAAAGGCUCGCAAAAUCAAGAUAAAAAUAUUCCAAUAAAUUGGGCCGCGCGAAUCCAAGCAAACAGCACUGAAAAAGCUCAGGAAAGGCAGCAAGAAGAAAUGACGAAAAGCAAUUUAGAAGGUAAUAAUGACGUAAUAUAGACACCACACAAAACAUUAAUAGCUUUAACUCGAGACUGACACUUUCAAGUUGCUAUAGUUCAGUCGUCCCGACCUCUACAACCUGUGCACAGACGUUCUCUUGGGGAGAGCAUCUGUGAUUUGCUUUAGCAUUUCUUGUGCAUGUCACGAGGCUUUUCUACGGAUUUGUAAAAAGCCAUGUUAUGGAUAGUCCUUAACUAGUCUAACUUGUAAAAUGUCAUGUAAACAAAAUGUUCACGUCGGCAUGCAAAGUUACAGUAACUAAAAAAUAACUAGAAAUUGCAAAAAUGAGCUAACAGCUUCGUUUUACUUUUGACAUACAGUACAAUAUAUUUUUAUUAAUAGAUUAGGAAGUGCUGUUGGCAUUGUAUACAGCACGUACGAGUACCCGUGCCCACCACGUGGUUACAACUCCAUGGGAUUGGUUCUCUCAAUAGCACGCUCCCGUUCUUAUAUCUUAUUCGCUUUUCGGUGGCCUGGUGACUAUAAUUUCAUACUGUUUAAUUUUAAUAUGCAAAAGUUAACAACCAAUGAAAUGUUUUAAUUCGUCACGUUUUAUUUAAUUAGACUUACUUAAGGUGGCUCCUUACAGUUUUUGAAAUGUGACAAAAUUGUGAUUUAGAUUCAAUUUUUUGAAGAGAGGUUUCUUGUUAGAAGACAAAAAUUGUACUACAUAUAUUGAAAAAUUUUCUAAGAGUUGAAAAGUGCUCACAAAAAUUGACGUCAUAACCGUUGCUAUGGUAACAAUGACGUUUCAAUAUGGCGGACAUUUUACCUUUUAACAUAUUUUACUCGAAAAAAAGGCCGGUUCCCCCAUUUUUUAUUUCAUGAAACGUUUUCAUUUAGAAAAAUGAAUGAUGUGAACAAGUUUUAAAAACUUCUGUAGAUCCAAAAAAUAUUUAUCACGAAAAAUCACGUUUUUUAAUUUUUUAAUAAUUCUGAUCUACAUAAUUUUUUUAAACUUGUGUUCACAUCAUUCAUUUUUCUAAAUGAAAACGUUUUACGGAAUAAAAAAUAGGGGUAACCGGCCUUUUUUUAGUAAAAUGUGUUAAAAGGUAAAAUGUACGCCAUAUUGAAACGUCAUUGUUACCAUACUACCUUAAAAAAUAAGCAGAAACUCGACGUUUCGAGCGAAGGCCCUUCGCCCUACUAACUCUUGACGAAGGGCCUUCGCUCGAAACGUCGAGUUUCUGCUUAUUUUUUAAGGUAGUAAUAUAACCACUCAGCACAGCAUUUUCACAUUGGUACUACCCACACUGGUACAGACAAUUGUUACCAUAGCAACGGUAAUGACGUCAUUUUUGUCAGCAAUUUUCAACUCUUAGAAGAUUGCUCAAUAUAUGUGGUACAAUUUUUGUCUUCCCACAAGAAACCUCUCUUAAAAAAAUUAAAUCUAAAUCACGAUUUUGUCAUAUUUCAAAAACUGUAUUGAGCCACCUUAAAGACUGCCCAGUCAGACGUCUUUCCACCAAUCCGUGGAAAACCCACGAGACCUGCACAGGGUAGAUGUGGACAGUGUAACCCCCAAGAGAACGUUUGGGAAACCGCUAACUCGAACCAUUUUCUCGUUCGCACUCAAGCAAAUUCGGGUAGGAAGUGUCUAUUCAUUUCACUCUAUUAAUACAAAGCCCAUUCGAAUGGCGUUCGUGACCCAACGCUUUGACACUUCAGUCUAGUGUGUUCAUCAGGGGUGAAGUCGCAACGUGGCUUCUUUUGUACUCCACAGAUGACAUGGCAGAUAAUCCAACGAAACCAAAUUUUAAUUUUCAUGUUUAGGACUAAGUAGUAAGUAGUUACCUCACCAGCGGUGCACCGAUAUGUAGAUUAAUAAGACAUUUCAACGUUUAAAUACAAAGAGUAAAUUUGCAGUAGAGGAAAUGCAAAAUCAUUCCAUAGCCGUCAUGUGGGGCUGUUACAUGUAACACUGAAUUAAUUUAAAGAGUUUUAAAUUGUUCGAAGAGCGGACUUUUCUCGAAACGUUUGUGUUUUCCUUAUCUUGCUCAGGUAGUUAGACCGAAACGAAUGACUUUUUCCUUUAGAAUAUCACUACCUACAAUGACCCCUCGUGUUUGAGAUGAUAACGUUUCCAAUGAAAUAUUCUUACUAUAUUUUUACAUCCCUUUUUCAUUUCAUUUGAAGAAAUUUCGAAAGUUGUUCAAAAUCCUGUCUUGGCGGAUGUAGUUGCAGUUGAUUCAAGCAAGUUGGGGAAUGCUCCAAAUAACCAAAGACCCCCGCCUCAUGUACAAGCACAACAGACUGUAGUACCACCUCCAUUAUUAUCGCAACAAGGUCAAUUCCCGCAACCACAUGCCUCUAUACGGCCGAAUUAUCUUUCAAGGACAUCGAAAUACCAGCCUCUAUCGCCACCCAUAUCACCUGGUAAUCAAAUGUAUAUGAUGCCUCCCAUGCAACCGCCUUCACCAAUGUCUAAUCCACUGGCACCAAGGCCACUUUUGGGUAUGUUCCCACGAACACCUUUGGCAUUUCAACAAUAUAUGAAUGUUAAUAUGCGACCUUUCUCACCACCUCAUCAACACCCCUCGCCUAUCAGAACGCCAAUAUCACCGCUACUUAGACCACACCCUACAAAUCCUAUGGCUGUUAACGAUCAACGAAUGUUUUCCGAAAUUCCCCCUCAAAUGGUAACCGUACCUGGAUCGCCACCCCAACCUGGAGAUACGCACAUUGCACAGUUAUUUGGGAGUCCAAAUAACCCCUUUCAAUUUAACUUUUUCCCUAGAGAUCACAUUAUAUUUCUGAACAACUCUCAACAACCACUCGGGUCCCCUCCACUACUCCAGCAAGGUCCUGGUUCUCCAUUCACCCGUAUGCCCGUGGUUGGGUCUGCUAUUUUGAACCGAAGUCCACGUGUUAUUUCGUGCGAGGAAUUGGAAAGAGGAGAUGGUCAUGUUCAACUUCCGCAGAGAGAUCAACCAGAUGGUGUCCCACGAACACCAACAAAUGAAGCACGUUCUCUUCGUGCAACUGAGAAAGUGCCGAACACUGACAUUCCACCCUCUGUAUUAGAGGGUUUGCGAUCACUCAACAUUGAUGAGGGGCAUUCGUCCACUCAGAGAGCUGACCAAACCCACACUGUACCCUCUGCGCAACAGGAAGCAUGCACUGGUAUUGUUUCUGAUGUGAAAAGAACAACCAAAGACAUAACUCGUAAUGAAAGUCAGGAUUUCCACCCACCACCCAAAAUUCAGAAUGUUGCUGUUGCAGCUAUGGUAAGGAUGCAUCUAGUUGAGAUUAUGCUGCCUCACAUUGUGCGCAAGUACAUUACAUUAUUUGAGAGAGUAGAUACUUGCCCGACUAUUAUAGCGCCUUCCAUAAUUUUAAAAUCACGGACUGGAUUCAACUUUAUAUACUUUAAAAUAAUUUACCAUUAACUAUUAUUCUAGCAGUUGGGCGAAAAACGCAAGUAACUGGAAAAUAUAGAAAACAUUUUGAUGUUUCGAACGAAAGCUCUUUGUCUGGAAGUUGCUACUCCCGUGCAUAUAUUACAUCCAGACUUGUCCGAGAAAAAUAUCCAAGAUACAUUUUGAUCGGAAAUUUUCAAAUCUGGUCGGACGUUUGUUUAUUUCAUCAUGACUCC